AUGACGAAUCAAGUUGUGAGAGUCAAAAGAGAGACGAUUGCAGCAUGCAUGACUUGCCCACUUUGUAACAAGCUCUUCAAACAAGCUACAACUAUAUCCGAAUGUCUUCACACGUUUUGCAGGAAGUGCAUUUAUGACAAAAUUUCUGAUGAGGAUUUGGAAUGCUGUCCAGAAUGCAACAUUGAUUUGGGCUGUGUUCCACUUGAGAAACUAAGGCCGGACCACACUAAGCAAGAUGUAAGGGCCAAGAUUUUCCCCUUAAAGGGAAGAAAGGUGAAAGAACCUGAAGUUGUUGCGGCUUCAGUACCAUUGCCAGCUAAAAGAAAAGAAAGAUCUUUGUCGUCUUUGGUGGUCAACACACCAAGGGUAUCGGCACAAUCAACCAUGACAGGAAGAAGAACAAAACCUACAAGAAAGGCUAGCAGUCUGCGGUCCUCUAGUUUUUCAUUUGAAAGAUUGAUUAAAAAAGAGGAAGCAUUAUUGGACGACCGUCCCGAGAGUUCAAGCUCACCUGAAACUUCAAAUAAGUUGCGCCAGAACAAUGGACAGAGCGAGGGUAGUCAAUCCACGCCAAAUAAAGAAACAGAGAAUGGUGCUGAAACAUAUGAUGCAAAGUUGGAUCUUUGGAAACCGCUGAAUUGUUUAGUGGAAGUCGCAAGCAGGACUAAAUCUUUCAAGUCUAAUACACAAGGUUCCACUGCUAAACUUGAACCUAUUCAAGUAAAUGAAAGUGACUCUCAAGUGCAGAAAAUAAAAAAUAAGGAAAAUAAACGCAAGGCAAAAGCUGAGGGUGAAAAAAUUAGCCCUUUUCCAGUUUCUUCAGACACAGCAAAACCCAAUAAAUUGCGCAGAGUACGCAAGAAAAAGGAAACUUUUGGAGAAUCAGGCAUAACACCCCAAGCUGUGGUGGAUUCUACCAGCAAUAAACUCUUUAUGAGUGGUCCAAUUUGGUUCUGCUUAGUAGCUUCUGAAAACCAGGAAGGAGAUGCACCCUUGCCACAAAUUCCUGCUAGCUAUCUGAGAAUAAAGGAUGGAAGCGUACCUGUCUCGUUUAUCCAAAAAUACCUAAUGAAGAAACUAGAUCUGACGAGUGAAACUGAGAUUGAGAUUAAAUGUAUGGGACAACCAGUGCUCCCUACUCUGAAACUACAUAGUUUGGUUGAGUUGUGGCUGGAUUCUGCAGCAUCCGCAUCAGACCGAAUUCCGGCGAUUAUAGGGUCCUCAGCAAAGGAUUUUGUCAUGGUUCUAGCAUAUGCUCGGAAGACUCCACACCCUUGA